UCAAAUUUACCGCCUAAAAUCUUUGACAAUCCAAAAUAUUGAUGGCUUGAAAUUUCACUAAAAAUUAAAUUUAAAAUUAAUAUUGAUGAAGGAGCAGUAUAUUCUUUAAUCGAAGUCAACCGAAAAGCUAAAAGUUUGAAAUCAUGGGUUUAUUAGAACUAUGCGAAAAAUAUUAUAAUACCACAAAUUUAUACGAAGUGCUACAAAUUACAGAGAAAGCUACAGAAAAAGAAGUAAAGAAAGCAUACCACAAACUAUCACUUCAAGUACAUCCUGACAGGGUGAAAGAUGAUCAGAAACUGGAUGCCACUGAAAAAUUCAAAGUACUUGGUGGAGUCCAUGCUAUCCUGAGCGAUAAAGACAAGAGAUCAUUGUAUGAUGAAACUAAAAGUGUUGAUGAAGAUGAUUACAAUGUUGUGAACGAUAAAGACUGGAAUGUAUACUGGAGAUUACUUUUUAAAAAGAUUACAGAAGAUGAUAUUAAGGCCUAUGAAAAGGAAUAUAUUGGUUCUGAUGAAGAAAAAAAGGAUCUCAAAAAUGCUUACAUUGCUGGCAAGGGAGAUAUGGACUACAUUGUGGACCAAGUACAAUUUGCUAGAUCUGAACAUGAACCUAGAAUUCGGGGAAUUCUUACUGAAAUGAUAGACCAAGGUGAAAUUCCAUCAUUCAAAAUAUUCACCCAUGAGCCAGCUAGGAAGCGACAACGUCGUCACGCUAAAGAAAAUCGUGAGGCCAAGGAAGCAGAUGAUCUGAAGGAAUCUCUAGGCUUGAGUUCAGGUACAAACAGCUUAGAACUCAUGAUUAAGCAGAAACAAGAAAGCAGAGCCGCACAGAUGGAUUCAUUUCUUGAUAAUUUGGCAGCUAAAUACAGUACAAAAUCUAGUGGAAGAAAACGCAAAUCAAAUACGAAGUCGGAAACAAUUGGAAAAAAGAAGAAAUAAAUUCAAAGAUAUUUAUUUAACGUAACAUUAUGUUAGCUCUGUUUUUAUGUACCUACUAUUGUCCAGAAAAGUAGUUUUUUUGUAACUUUAUAUAAGCCAAGUUAUUUUUAUGUAUUCUGCAAUAUGAUAAAAAUAUGUUGAACAUAUUCACUCCUCUUCCAUAGCAACUUGAAGCGUUGUUUCUGAAUAAAACGGUCCUUGUUCCACAUAUGUUUGGAGUCUUGUAAUAAUAUUACUGUCAAAAGCUGAAGAUUGUGUCAGGCGUUUUACUAUAUCAUACUUGGCUUCAUUCGAUUGCUUUGCAUUGUCAACUGAACGAUCUAGAAGAUAUUCUACAAAUCCUGGAAAUAUUAAUUGAGAAUUUAAACUAUUUAAAAGGACACUAUUAUUCCUGUAACACAAAGCUCCUAGCUUUUAAUGAAUUUACCAUUUUUAAGCACAAACAAUAAUAUGGUUCAGAUUAUUAUAUUGGAAUUUAAAAGAACAACGUUUUUUUAUAUAAAGCCUUUAGUUAACCCUGAGCUAAAUUUAAUUUAUCUGAUAGAUAGAUCGCAUGAAUUUAAUUAUUGUUAAGAGAUUUGCAUGAAGACAAGCGGGGUAAAAUAUCUUGUGUUCUAGUUACAAGUAAUAAACAAAUUUUUAUUGUCACAUUCUAAUCUGUUCAAAGUUUUUCAUUGAGUUGUUCUUUACAUUUUAUGUUAAUACUUAGUUGUUACUUUUUUACUAAAUAAAAAUACUAUUUAAGUAUUAA